AGUUGCUUUUAAUAUUCUGUUUCUUGAGGGAUCGGGUUGCAUCAUGUAAAUCUAGGUCCGGUUGAGUUCAUAGCACUGGUCCGGGCUCGCGUUGCUUAUUAAUCUUAAUUCAUAGGAAGGUCAUGGUUAUGAUUGUCAGUUCAUUUUAAAUCCUGUUCAGCUAAUCGUCGUCAUUUCAUAAUUAGCUGGAGCAUGUCUUCCACUUCAAAACACUACCAUUUCCUGACACUAUACCAAACCCAUGAUGCAGCGGAAGGAGCUAGGCCGGAUAAUAUAACCUUGGUUUCCACCGCUUCCAGACCUAUAUCUUCUCUGAUUAACCCGCAUGGUUCCAGAACGGACACCAGCACCUGAUAUAUAACGAUAACACCAUGUGUAUAUCCGGAAACAUUACUACAGCACUAAAAGGAUUAAGGGCGUUCAUCAGUCCCUAGGCCUACCAAAAAAAAGAAAGACCGUCAUUGACUUUUUUUAAUAUGUGACAUAUAAACCAGAAUGACAUGAACGAAGGAUAUUGGGUGACGCGAGCUUGGUGCUGCUCAGACGCACACGUAGAGGUUCUGCAUUCUUUAAAAGCCCGCAUUUUUCCUCGUCACCGAGCAUUUAUACGAACCACGCCACUUUCUUCAAAAUAUCAUGUAUCGAGUUACCCCCGACCUGCUUAUAGCUCUUGACCUGAUCGUGGUAUGUGUAUAUGAAAAUUACAUACAUUCGUAAUUUUAUUUUACGACAUUUACGACAUUGAUCGAUGGAGAAAGUGAUACUGAUCGGUGUUUGCGUUUGUCACUCUCUAACUUGCCUCCCGCGGAAGAUAUACCUCUCACAAUCACUGGAUUCGAUAUCAGUAGUGACUUAAUGCCAAGAAAAAUGUGCACGAGUUUUAUUUAUUGCUCGACAACACGUGUUUAUUAGAUGAACGGAGCAUGUAAAAUAAUAUACAUUGCGAACAUAAGCUGGGUACAUUUAUAUAUCAUCUGUGCAGUUUCCUGGAAUAGUAUAUCUCUGUGAAGGAGCCCGGUGAAAUUGGUUCAUAAACUGUUUGCAAACCUUGUCACAUUUGGAACUUCUUAAGCAGAACAGAAGAAGGGAUUUGUGUUGUGUGGAUAUUUAAAACAGGAUUAUUUGAUAGAUCUUGAAACGAUCAUGGAUAACGUGUCAGUAUCAACACCCGUCACUCACGGGACAAUCGAGGUGGUACACAACCUGAGCGCAAACGACAUCGUCUCCAUCGUCAUGUACGUGAUCAUUGGGACGUUCGGUAUCAUCGGAAACACACUUGUGAUGAUAGUCUUCGGAUUGCUAACACAGAAGAAAAGUCAGGUGAAUAUGUUCAUAUUCGACCAGGCUCUCAUUGACGGGUGCACCUCCGUGUUGCUCAUCCUGUUCGGAGUCGUCAACGUGUUCAGACCGAAAAUCAUGGCUUAUGAAAAGGAUAUCGAUGUCGGCAAUGGCACCAACACCUCCAGCAUUACGGGCCAUUUCCUCUACAUUUCUCCGUCGACGGCGGAAUUCUUGUGUCGAUUCUGGUGGUCGCGGUUCUUCCUCUUUGCAUGUUUUGCCAUCUCGACAUGGAACUUGACGGUGAUGUCGAUUGAACGGUACUUCGCAGUCCUUCAUCCGAUGACGUACUCCAGGAAUUUCAGCAAGCGGCGCGCCAUGAUCAUGAUGGGUUUGAUAUGGCUAAUCGCUCCCAUCAUGCAGUAUGUCCCAACGAUUUUCCAGUACACCUGUGGUCCCGGUUCCUGUGCCUUCCAGGAAUCUUGGUCCAAAGCUGCAGGAAUCGUCCUGGGAUUAGUCUUGUUUGUCUGGGAGUUUGUCCUUCCUGUCUGUAUCAUGGCUUUUGUCUACUACAAGAUCAUUACGGAGAUGAGGAAAAAGAAAAUGGCCUUGCAACAGAAGAAGAAGCUGGUAGAUCCACCAAGUGCAACAAGCACCCCUACCAGGAUGCCUAACAGAGGAGCCUCCAAGAUUGUGCAUCCCUCCAGUAAUAUUACCAUGACACUGUGCAUCCUCUUCGCCGUAUACACCUUCUGCUGGGCGCCCAACCAGAUCACAUUCUUGCAGUUCAACUUUGGAGGACCUCUGAACUUUACCGGUGCCUGGUAUCAUAUCACUGUGACCUUGGCGUUCUUGAACUGUUGCGUGAAUCCCUUCAUCUACGCUCUCAGGUUACAAAAGUUCAAGAAGGGUAUGAACAUGUUGAUGAAGGGAAAGUGGCAUCGGAGAACUCGGGAGAGCAGAGCGAAGAUGACCGAAUCGACUAGUUUCAAUGGCAUUGACUCGAAUACUGUGUGAAGUCUUAGUGAUAUAGAGGAAUGGACUCUCCGAAACAUGGCUUAUCAAAAGUUUGAUAUUUCUAAAUUUUCCAUGUGUGGCAAUUUCGUAUUAUUUUGGGACAGUUACUCUGUAAAGUCUGGUUGAUAUUAGAGAAAUCGGCUCUGCAAAACAUAAACUAUCAAGAAAUGUUUGGUGAUUCUUGUUUAAUAUGUUUUAUUAUCGCAUAUUGCGUGUACUUGGGCAUUACAAGGAUGAAGUCGUAUAGUAGAUAACCACAUUUUUCGAGUACAGUAAUAUUGUGGUUUAGGAAGAAUUGCAAAUAUGAAAGAAUUUCUCUGAUUGGAUCCUUGUCAGUGUUUUGGACAGAGUGUGCAUAAAACAAUGAUCUUGAUUGGUCAUGUUCAUUUACAAAUUGAUUACAAACCUUAUGUUAUGGAGCCCAGGACUUGAUUGCCAUCAAGACAUAUAUGAUGAAACUAAACGUAUCGGGAAGGACAAUUUUCUUUUUAAUCUUUCCCACACUUCUGUAAAUUUUAUCAAUGAUGUAUAUUGAAUUCAUCUGCAACCUUGGUGCUAUCAUGGCGUUGGUUCAGUUUAACCUUACCUGUCUCUUUUACCUAAAGCAACAAUAAUUUCAUGAAGUGUCUGUUGCCAUUACCUUAACCAAGUGCUGAUUAUUUUAAUUCUUCGGUGAAAACUGUCCAAAAAUUUCAAUUUUCAUUGAAAUGUAGACCGAUACAAUUAUAUUUGAUACGUUACAUUUGUCACGACCCAUCAAAACUAAGAAAUACAGUUCCUGUCAGUUAUGGGGGCGUUUCAUGAAAGGACUUGUCGGACAUUUUAUUCGACAAGUACCAGUUCAUCCGACAGUACUAUAGUAACAGUACCUCUCAGCCAAUCACAAUCAAGGAAAGAUGUCAGAUCUGACAACUUGUCGGAUGAAAAUAUUGAUCAAACGCUCCCCAGAACUCAAGUGAACAUUAGUUGAGUUUACCACACCUAUUCCCUCAAUAACAUCAUGCAAAGAAAGUACCACUACAGAUAUGGAAGCUUCAUGCAUUGUUGAAAGAAAAAGUCAUUAAGAAAAUGCCCAGUAAUUCCCCCCCCUUUUUUUGUCUGGUUUUGUUGUUGUUGUGUUUUGUUGCUUGUUUGUACUGUUAAUUCAUUAAAAUGAAUGUGUAAAAAUAUAUUGUACUAACAGCUAUCAUAUGUUAUUUUAUGAUUUGUUUCGUUUUAUCACAAGAGUUACAGUCUCACCGUCGGAACUGACUCCUGUCCGACCAAACAACCUAUUGCCUUAUUUUCAAUGACGUAUCAACGGUCGGUUUGGAAUCGACAUCGUUGGUGUGACUGAGGUACAAGCUACUAUUCACUUCCAAAGUUUAAGGCCUAUUGAUAGCGCGCUUUCGCACCGCCAUACAGGACGAGUUCAAGAACACAGUUUACGUAUUGAAAUAUUAGUAAAAUCACAAUGAACCACUAAGAGGUCUUUUUUGUAAACUGGUUAACCGGAAGAGCAGAUUUCCUAAGAUUUCGAAGCUGACGAAAAAUUGCAAAUCAGUCGUUCAUCCGGAGUCCAGGUCGAAAGUGAAGUUUGAUUCACCAAUUUGGGACAAAGACUCAUUCGGAACUCAUUGUCACGAAGGGCAUUUUACAAUAGGUUUUCUGUGUUCCUAAAAGCGCUCUGCAUCGUGGUGCAAAAACUCGCUAUUCACGGCUCAAAGUGAGUCGCACUUCUUUAUCUGAAUGCCUUGGCGGAAUUUCCGGGGUGACAUAUCUAUUGACAUUUCCCCUGACCUAACCAAACAGAAACCAUAUGCAAGUUCUGAGCAGAGGAUGUGUCACGGGUGGGUUUGGGCAUGGAUGACUGACCCCCCCCCCCCCCAUUUUUCAAGUCUUGAAAAUAUAUGAAAAAGAGGAGGGAUAAAAGAAAGGGAAAGAAAAUAGAAAGAAGAGCAUAUUAUAAGGAGAUUUUACCCGUAUUAUUCAACAUAGGAAAAAAAUCAUAACCUUCAGGACGUCUUGCCAAACCUCCCCCCCCCCCCAUCAUCCAAACACCCUGAUGCUGGUCCUCUGUGUAUGAGUUAUCAAUCAAGUUCUUGCUUUAUUGGUAUCACACUGAGAUUGUUAAUUUGAAUUUUAGCCCGGAUUUUUUUCUAUUGUUUAUACAAUUGUUUUCCUGGUUUUAAACUUAUUUUUUAUCUCAUUUUUUGUUCAUUGUCUAAGAAAAUAUACAUGUGCCUUGAUAACUGUGAUCAACCCCCGUUUAAUACGUUCAGGCCAAAGAUUCGCUCCGUCUUGGGAGGAAUAAGACUUUCUUUGAAUUUCUUAAUUUUUAAAAGGGGCAUACCUAAUACAGCAAAUAAAAAUAUCUUGCAAUGUCUGAUGAACAUGAGCUAUUAUGCACUUUCUGCACUAUUAAACUAUUCUUCAAAUCAUUAA